GGUCAACAAAAUCACUUUUACAGCAAAGCACGUCAAGUCUUUGCACAAAGUCGAUUCGGAGAAGUCUGACGCGUAUUUCAAGGCAAGGAGCAUCUUAUUCAAUUACAUAGUUAAAUUCGAGACAACACAAUCUGUCAGAAGAACAAUCGAAGUUAUCGAAUCCGACUCCCCCACAAGCCACAUCCUUCAACCUUUCUCGAACCUACCUCUCCCCUCGAAACAAUGGCAACACCAGCCCCCACAUCUCGCUCUCGCGCUCCUCCAGCAGGCGACGAAGAAGCAUCGACCGUUCUAAAGCUCGGAGAAUUCCAAGAUGUAGAUGCACUUACCCAUUCUGAAGCCGCACUCGUCAUUAAUGCGCUUGUCGCAAAACGCCGUGGUGAUCGCAAAAAUGUCAACGAGACAGAGAUCUUGAGCAAGACACAAGAAUACCUAGAUCAUUUUGCGAGAUUCAAGAGAAAGGAAAAUGUCGAGGCUGUAGAGCGAUUGCUAGGAAGCAGAGGAGAAUUGGCGAAGUUUGAGAGGGCGCAGUUGGGCUCAUUAUGUUGCGACACGGCCGAUGAAGCGAAGACUUUGAUACCUAGUUUACAAGACAAAAUCAGCGAUGACGAUUUGACAGAGUUAUUGGAUGAAAUUACAAAGUUGAUGGGAUUUACGAAUUAAGAGGUCCUUUGGAUUUGGAUUUGGAUUUGGUCACUAAACUCGCACUUAAAUUCGGUAUAUACUUGAGUACCAGAAGUCACAGAAGAAUCUUAGCGCGGAAUGGAUCAAGAUUGGUUCGUUGAAGAUAACAAGAAGAUACCUACCACAAUAGUAGGCAGUCAUCGAGGAAAAAUGUUUGGAGAAAACUGAAACAGAUAGAAUGUAUGGGCGUUGGGAAUGGAUUUCCGUCACUUUCAUGGGACGAUCCCUUAAGAAAAGAGCAUUGUUGCGGCGUUUUCUUUUUGUGAAUUUACCCGUAGAUCGGAGAAAAUGAGGCAUGGACAGUGAAGGAUAUAAUGAAAAGGGGUAUAAAAGGGAGCAUGGAAACUGCGAGCAUGAAGGUGGAUGCGAUAAUACGAAGGGCAUGAGGAAAUGUAUUGGAUACAUCUAGAUACGUACCCAGUGUGUAUCAACACUUUUCUGGCUUUCAGGCCCUUGACGGAGGGACAAGCUGAUAGUGGAGAUCAGGAGAUGAUAAAAUAUGAAUGAAUCUUUUCA